CUUUCCCACGUCUUCAAAUUUAUCAUAUAACCAUUGCGAGUCCACCUCUCAAAUUCUAGUCAUAGCUAGAAUUUGCUUUAGCUACGUCAAUCCACGGCGGCGCGCGGCGGCCCCACCACCACCAGCAGCUAGCAGCAACUGAUGAUCGUUGAGCAGAUAUAUAGAAGUCCCCGCAGAAGAAGAUGAAUAAGUGCCUGGGCGCCAGUUAUUUGUCCAAGCCGCAAAGCAUCGGCGCCGUCGUCCUUCUUCUACUGUUAGCACUGUUCCCGGCAGAACGUGGAGUCCUGUGUGCUUCCUCUUCCUCUUCCUCAAUCAUCAACUCCAUCCCUGGAUUUUCCGGCCCUCUCCCUUUCAAACUACAGACUGGGCAUGUGGGAGUGGGGGAGAAUGAAGAGGUUCAGCUUUUCUACUACUUUGUGGAGUCAGAAGGGAACCCUGGGGAAGACCCCCUUCUGCUUUGGUUCGCCGGAGGCCCUGGCUGCUCUGGCCUCUCCGCACUUGCGAUAGAGAUAGGUCCUGUCCGCUUUAACAUUGUGGAUUACAAUGGUAGCUUACCGACAUGGGUCUUGAAUCCACACUCAUGGUCAAAGGUUUCAAGUGUAAUAUUUUUAGAUGCACCCGUGGGGACCGGAUUCUCAUACUCGAGGAACUUGGAAGGUUUCAAGCCUGGAGACAAAAGCAUGGUUGAUCAUAGUUACAAUUUUUUGAGAAAGUGGUUGAUCCAACACCCACAAUUCCUCGCAAAUCCACUCUACAUCGCCGGAGGCUCAUUCAGUGGUUUAAUUGUUCCAAUCGUUGUCCAACAAAUAUUAGAUGGCAAUGAAGCGGGUCAUGAACCGCUUAUCAAUCUUAAAGGCUAUUUGCUUGGGAACCCCGUCACAGAUUUGCAGCUGGACGAAAAUUCAAGGGUACUGUACGCACAUAACAUGGGACUUAUUUCUGAUGAGCUCUAUGAGUCAACCAAAAGAAGUUGCAAUGGAGAUUAUGUGAAUGUAGAUGUGCGAAAUUCAGAGUGUGUAAAGGAUCUUCAAGCUAUCACAAAGUGUACUAAACAACUAAAUGCCCAUAAUAUCUUGGCGCCUGAAUGUGUCAACAUUUUUAAGCUGCGACAUGAGAUGGUAAAUGAAGGUCGAUUCCUCCAAGAGAGCUAUGAAGAGUUCCUUCUUUCUCAACCUCCACUUCCUAAAGUCGAGUGUAGAAAUUACGUCGACCUUCUUUGCAACAUUUGGGCAAAUGAUGUUGGGGUCCAGGAGGCACUUCGUGUUAAGGGAACUGUAAGGAUAUGGGACAGGUGCAACAAAGGCAUAGGCUAUGUCCAUGAGGUUUGGAAUUCUACUGCAUAUCAUCAAAAUAUUCUGGCCACCGGAAGUUAUCGAGCUCUUAUAUACAGUGGUGAUCAUGACUUGCUAGUUCCAUACUCAGCAACCCAAUCAUGGAUUAGAUCCCUCAAGUUCUCCGUCGUUGAUGACUGGCGGCCGUGGUUGGUUGAUAGUCAAGUUGCAGGAUACUCGAGAGAAUACUCAAAUGGUUUGACUUUUGCAACUGUCAAGGGAGCAGGCCACACACCUGCAGAGGAUAAACCAAAGGAAUGCUUUGCCAUGUUCAAAAGGUGGAUAUCUGGGGAACCACUGUAAUUACGCCCUGUACCGAAGUUACAGUUUCAAGACUCUUGAUGAGCUAGCAAAUCUUGCCUUUUAAUUAGAAUUGAGAAGGACGUAUCUAUGUUGCCAUGACAUUAUCUUUUCUUUGUUUUUGCUAAGCUGUUGCCAUGACAUGAUCAAUGACGAGUACAUUCUAAUAAAAUCUGCCUAAGCUUUCUUUUUGUCUUACCAAAA